AUGGGGGUCCCACCCGGGGGUGCCCAACCAGGGGGGUCCAGCCUGGGGGUGUCUCCAGCCGCGGGGGCUCCCACGGGGGGUCCCGACCUGGGAGAAUCUCAAGGGUCCCGGCCAGGACAACCCACCCGGGGGUCCCUGUCCCGGGGGUCCUGCCCAGAGGACCCCCCGUACCUCAUAAUCCCGGUACCCCCCUCAGAAGGCGAGUGUGAGCCCCCGCAGCCCGACCCCACACCCUCUGGUAGCCGUGCGGGGAGGGACCGGGAACUGGCACCGGGAAAGAACAUUGGCACCGGGAACCGGCACCGGGAAAGAACACUGGCACCGGGAACUGGUACCGACCACCGGGAAAGAACACUGGCACCGGGAACCGGCACCGGGCACGGGGAAAUAAUACUGGAGACGGGGCAGGUGUUCAACUCCCCCAGUGCCUGGGCCACGCACUGCAAGCGCCUGGUGAACCCGGCCAAGAAGUCGGGCUGCGGGUGGGCGUCCGUGCGGUACCGCGGCCAGAGGCUCGACCAGUACAAGGCAGCCUGGCUGCGCCGGCACCAGCCCCACGCACCGCCCCCCGACGAGGGCCUGGCCAGCGAGGGCGAGGAGGAGGAGAUGCCCGAGGAGGAAGAGGAGGAGGCGGCCCGGGAGGGGGGGCGGCUGCCGCUGCCCGAGCCGACGCCUCCCAAAAAACCCGAGGAGAGGAGCAAGAAACAGCAAUGCAAGAGCCCGGCCGAGCCCGCGGGGGCGGAUCCCGGCGCUCCAGGGAAAAGACUGGAGACCAAGCCCCGGGUGCCCGUUCGCUACUGCACCCUGGGCACGCGGGACUCGGCCAGGAACCCCCAGACCCUGGUGGAGGUGACGUCCUUCGCUGCCAUCAACAAAUUCCAGCCCUUCAACGUGGCCAUCUCCAGCAACGUCCUGCUGCUGCUGGAUUUCCACAGCCACCUGACGCGCAGUGAGGUGGUGGGAUACCUGGGCGGGCGCUGGGACACCAACACGCAGCUGCUGACGGUGCUCCGAGCGUUCCCCUGCCGGACCCGCCUGGGAGACGCCGAGGCCGCGGGGGCCGUGGAGGAGGAGGUAAAACAGCCUGGGGAGGGGGCAGCAGGGAGGGCCCCCGGGAUUCCAGAGGAUUCCAGGGAUCCCUCGGGCUCCCUGCGCCACCGGGAGAGGGUCACUGUGGGCACAGGGGGGCACAGGAAAGGCACGUGA